GUGCAUCCAAGAAAGUAGCAGGGCUUACUGUAUGCAAUUGCGAGACUUGUAAAGGCGCCGAUAUCUAAAUGAGGACCUAGCUUCCUUGUGGCCCGCGAAGAAAUGCCCCGGUUGAAGCGUGUAGAUUCUGACGAUAGUAUAGGUGCUCCGUGGAUAGAGGCAGCCCCUUCGUCACACCAAGAGUGCUUUUCUCCCGGAGCGAGCAAGGCCGUUCUCACCCGAACGGGCAAAGCUCAGGAGUCUCGAGCAGCAGCUAUUAAUAGGACUGAGAGCAGUGCCUCAUCAUGCGUCGGUGUUCAGGCGUGCGCAGGCGGCGAGGAGGGCCCCGCAUCGCUGGAGGCAGUGAUGCGGUUCCGUGGCCACCGAGUCAAGGUGAAGAGCACGGCCACGCACGUGUCCUGGAAGGCGGUCAACCAGGCGGCGGGCUGCUGCGUGGACCGGCGGAAGCUGGCGAGGCGAGUUCCUUUUGAUGAGGUGCUCUCAGCCCUGGCGCUGAACAAGCAGCCCGUAUGCUGCUACGCGCGGGACCACUCGUUCGUGAUCUACACCUUCUCGCGCGCCGGCUCCGCCGACCCCAACACCUGGCGUCCGGAGGAGUACGUCCUGACGGCCGCCAGCGGCGAGGCGGUGCGGGAGUGGGUGGCGCUCAUCAACGGCCGGUUGCAGGCGCUGAGGGACAGGCCGCGCAACCUGCUCGUGUACGUGAACCCCUUCAGCGGCGCGCGGCGGGCGCGGCACAUCUGGGAGCGGGUGGCGGCGCCCGUGUUCCAGCGCGCCCGGGUGGCGGUGACGGUGGUGGAGACAGCCAAGAUGGACCACGCCAAGGAGAUGGUGGAGCUGAUGAAGGCGGAGGAGCUGGCUGGGUACCAGGGCGUGGUGGCGGUGGGCGGGGACGGACUGUUCCAGGAGGUGGUGGCGGGCCUGCUGGCACGGCGCGCGCGCGGCGACGUGACGGCGCACCGCAUCCGCGUGGGCCACAUCCCGGCCGGCAGCACCGACGCAGUGGCCUACACCCUGCACGGCGCCCGCUGCGCCGCCACCGCCGCCAUGCACAUCGCGCUGGGCGACCGCCUCAGCCUGGACGCCGGUCGCAUGGCGGCGGCCGACGGCACCGUGCGCCACUUCGUGUGCCAGGCGGGCUACGGCUUCAUGGGCGACGUGAUGCGCUUCAGCGAGCGGCUGAGGUUCAUGGGGCCGGUGCGGUACGACGUGACGGGCGCGCUGCAGCUGCUGCGCGGCGCCAGCUACCGCGUGUCGCUGGCCUACCGCGAGGCCACCUCCACCACCGCGGAUGUGCAGCAGCUGUGCACCUCGCAGUGCGAGGUGUGCCGCCUGGCGGGCAUCCGCAUGGAGGGUCCGCACGGCGCCUACCACCGCUCCGCCACCACCAGCGCCCUCCUCGGCGGCUCCGCCGCCGCCACCGCCGUCGUCGUCAACUCCACCGGCGCCACGCAUGUCGGCGCCGGCGGCGGCCUGGGCACGCCGCUGGGCGGCUCCAGCCCGCACGCCACCUCGCCGCCCGGCCCACUCGCCGCCAGCCACGGCAUUGUCACCAGCGCCAGCGCCGGCGCCGUGCUCGGCACGCCGCUAGGGAGCCGCAACGCAUCGGCGCCGCUGCCCGUGUCGUCGGCGGGCGCCGCGCCAGGCGGCGCUUCUGGCGCCGCCACCGCCGACGCCACGCCGUUGCAGCCGGGCACGCCCGUGCACGGCGCCCACGGCGCCACGGCGCCCGCCGCCUCCUCCUCGGCGGCGGCGGCGCAGGCCUGGCAGGCGCAGGCGUUGGGGAUGUUCACCAGUGCCACCGCGGGCUGGUUCACGCCCUACCCGCACGCCGGCGCAGCCCACGGUGCGCCCGGAAGCAGCGGCGCAGGAGCUGCGGGCCCAGUCGCGGGAAGUGGCUCAACGCACUCGAUGUCGGGUCAUGGGACCGGCGACGCUGCGGCGGGCGGCCAGGCAUCGGGGGCAGGGCACGGCGCGGCGGGAGGGCUGGCCCUGACGGCGGCGGCGCCGGGCGCGGCGUUGAGCGGCAGCCUGGCGACCGACGGCAGCGGGGUCGGGGUUGGGAGCAGUGGCGGGGGCCAGGGCCAUGCGCUGCUACGGGCCCCGAGCGCGCCGCUGUCGUGGGGGCAUCAGCACCUGCAACACCUGGCGGCGGGGCCUCAUUCCCAGGACAACAGCAGCGGGCCGCUUCACGCCACCGCCGCCACGCACGCCGCGCCCGCGCCCCUGGCUGCCGCCGUGCCAGGGACCGCUGGCGGCGGCGGGGCCGGCGGUGGCGGCUUCGUGAGAGCGAGCUUCCCAAGGUCAGGCGGUGGAGGCGGCGCGGGCAGCGCCUGCGGCGGCUCGCCGCGCGGGCCGUCCAGCCUUACCGGGUUCGCCGCCGCCGCCGCCGCCCCUGAGCAGCUGCCGCCGCCGUCCCUGUCCUCGAACUCUGUAUCAGUGACGGCCACGGCGGUGGCAGGCGGUGCCGGCGGCGGCGGCACUGCUGGUGCGCCGUCGGGGCCGGCCGGGGCGGUGUCGCAGCCACUGCACAACGGCAUGCCGGCAUCGUCAGGGCCGGCCGGCAACGGAGACGGCGGCAGCGGCGGCGGCGAUGGCUCAGGCGGGCUGUGUACGGCGCCAGUGACUGACGCGGAGGGCUGGACGCACGUGGAGGGGGAGUUCGCCUCCAUCAUGUGUGUGGUGACGCCCUGCCGCAGCGACAAGAGCAAGCGAGGCAUCAUCCCCAACGGCCACCUGAGCGACGGGCGCAUGUACCUGGUGCUGGUGUCCAAGUGCGCGCACCCCAACUUCCUGCGCUUCCUCAUCCGCCUGUCCGCGCGCGGCCUGGUGGACAGGUGCCUGCCGCACGUGCGCGUGGUGCCCAUCACCGCGCUGCGUGUCAGCCCGCUGCCCGGCGGGCACUACCUGGGCGGCUGCCUGUGGGACGCGGCGGCGCCCGAGAGCGCCUGGAACGUGGACGGCGAGCUGCUGCACUGCGCCGACGUGCGCGUGGACGUGCUGCGAGGCGCGGUGGAGGUGUUCGCGCGCGGGCCGGAGACGCCGGCGUCGGCGCGGCAGCAUCGGUAGGCGGAGGCGGUGCGGUGCGGUGCGAAUAGGCUUAAGGUUGGGAUAGGAUGGGGGCCUGGAGAGGGCGGUGCACGCGCGUGUGUACGGUACGCGCUUGAGCGCUUUGAUUGAAGCAGUAGCUGUCCAUUGCCAUGGUGUGCUCGGUAUGGGGGCAGCGUUUACGGUGGAUAUCGGCCGUGCGGCGGUAAUGGCGCGUAGUGGGCUUUGCAUGUGACCAAAUCGAAUGUGGGCCGUGAACAAAUCGAAGGCGGCACGGCGCGUGUACGUGGGCUGCCUGUGACACAACCCCGUGCAAGAAUUUUAUUCUGCCCAUGUUCGUUAUGUGAUGGUGUGGUGGUGUGGCCGUUCACGUGUACGCGCAUGCACGGCAUCCACAGGCCUAGUCACAGGCCUACAUGCGCAUGAGUCUGGAACGCAAGGCAGUUCGGCAGGAUGGACAUGUGGUAAGCAUGACGUCAUGCUCUUGCCUUCUCCAUUACGCAUCUUUAGUUCAUCUUCGUUGCGUGCCAUGCAUGGCGCAACGGCACAGGAGACCCUUGUCCUAACGAGAAACCCGCUGUUAUGUUCGGAGAUGUGAGGGAUAACUGAACGACAUGGCAGCAGCACGGCGGGUGAUGGAUGGGGCGGGGCGUGUAAUUGUACUUUUAUCUGCGUGCUUCAGUGCGCUAAAGCCAAUCAAGCCCACUUCGGGGACAGGUUUGCUUUGUGGUGUGCAAGAGGGGCCUGUGAAGUGCUAACGGAUUGAGUACUUGCGCGUUGCCAGUUGUUCCAGUCAUAGCACCGGGUGCGCCGCAGAAGUAACAUGCCUGUACGCCCUCCGCUGGUUGUCUGGCCAGUGCAUAAUUGGACACAUUUAACCACUCUGCGCACGA